AUGGUUGCACACAUAUCAAAAGCUCCUCUCUCCGUCUCAAUUUUCUUCAUCCCCGCAAUCGGUCUCGGAACAUGGCAAUCCCAGCCCAACGAGAUCCACCAGGCCGUCAAGGCCGCUCUCCUCACCGGCUACCGUCACAUCGACACGGCAUUAGCGUACGGAAACGAACAUGAAGUUGGCCAGGGCAUCAAGGACUCCGGCGUCACCCGCGAGGAGAUCUGGAUCACCACGAAGCUCGACAACCCGUGGCACAAGUGGGUCGACGAGGGCAUUGAGUCCUCGCUGAAGAGCCUGGGCGUCGAGUACGUCGACCUCUAUCUUAUGCACUGGCCAUCCUCCACCGACCCAACUGACCUGAAGAAACACUACCCCGACUGGGACUUUCGCCGCACGUGGGCUGAAAUACAGAAACUCCCCUCCUCCGGCCGCGUGCGCAACAUCGGCGUCUCCAACUUCGGCAUCCGCAACCUGGAGAAGCUCCUCGCGGACCCGUCCUGCAGCACCACGCCCGCUGUAAACCAAGUCGAGCUGCACCCGAACAACCCCUCUCCCAAGCUGCUCGAGUACUGCAAGGAGAAGGGCAUCCACUGCACGGCGUACUCCUGCCUCGGGUCCACCGACUCCCCGUUGUACAGGAACGAGGCGUUGAAGACGUUGGCGGAGAGGAAGGGUAAGACGGUGCAGCAGGUGCUGUUGAUGUGGGCACUGCCGAGGGGUACGAGUGUGAUCCCGAAGAGUGUUACCGAGAGUAGGAUUAAGGCGAACUUCGAGGUCGAUGGGUGGGGGUUGGGCGAUGGGGAGAUGAAGCAGUUGAGCGGUAUGCCAGAGAGGUUUAAGGUUUGCAAGGAUGGGUGGUUGCCUGUGAAGGUCUUCUUUGGGGAUGCUGGGUAA